AUGGGGACCUGCAUGUCCGUGCAAGGAAAUGCAAGCUUUCUGAAACGAACCAAACUCAAUCUCAAACCCAUCUCACAAGAAAGCACCAAUGUCCCCCACACACCCACCACCCUCCCCCCACGAUUCUCCCGCCCGAUCACCGUCCUAACAGACCCCUCAGGGGACGACAUUUUCCGGCGUUAUCAAUUCGGAAAAGAGCUCGGUAGGGGAGAGUUCGGGAUCACGUACCAAUGUCUGGACCAAGAAACCGGCGAGUCUGUGGCUUGCAAAAAGAUAUCGAAGAGCAAGCUGAGGACGGAGAUUGACAUAGAGGAUGUGAGAAGAGAGGUUGAGAUCAUGAGGCAUUUGCCGAUGCACCCAAAUAUUGUGAGGUACAAGGCUGUUUAUGAGGAUAAAGAAGCUGUUUAUCUUGUAAUGGAACUUUGUGAGGGUGGUGAAUUGUUCGAUAGGAUUGUGGCCACUGGUCAUUAUACGGAGAGAGCUGCUGCUCUUGUCACCAAAACCAUUGUCGAGGUUGUCAAGGUAUGUCACAGACAUGGAGUGAUACAUCGAGACCUAAAACCCGAGAACUUUUUAUAUGCCAACACCAGUGACAACGCUCCAUUAAAGGCAAUUGAUUUUGGCCUCUCCAUAUUCUUCGAGCCUGGUCAGCGUUUUGGUGAAAUUGUUGGAAGCCCAUAUUACAUGGCCCCAGAAGUACUUAGACGAAAUUAUGGGGCAGAAAUAGAUAUAUGGAGUGCAGGUGUUAUUCUUUACAUCUUACUAUGUGGAGUUCCUCCUUUUUGGGCAGGUAAAUUUCCUUCUUUCACUCGAAUUUAUGAAGGACUAGGGGUAACCUAA